UGCGUGGCGGAGAGGCUGGCUGGCGGCAUGGCUGGUGCCGAGAGCGCCUGGGAGAGACUCCGGGCGGAGACGACCUGCCCCGUCUGCCGGGACCUGUUCACGGAGCCGGUGGCGCUGGGCUGCGGGCACCGCUUCUGCCAGGCCUGCCUCGUCCGGUGCUGGGGGGAGUCGCCGGAGGGCGCCGUCUGUCCUCGGUGCCGGGAGGGCGUCCCGCUGGGCUGGCAGGCGGACCGGCAGCUGGCCACCUUCGCGGAGAUCGCCCGGCAGUCCCGCCGGCAGCAGGAGAGACGCGAGGCAGGCGUGGGGGGCGUCUUCUGCGGGAAGCACCGGGAGCCCCUGAAGCUCUUCUGCAAGUACGACGGGGCCCCCCUCUGCGUGGUCUGCGGCGUCUCCAGGGAGCACCGAGAUCAUGCAGUCGUUCCCGCGGAAGAGGCGGCCGAAGACUACAAGGAAGAAUUUUGUAGCUGCCUUGACAUUCUGAGGAAGGGAAAGGAAAAAAUCCUGACCUGUGCAGAAGACACAGAACAGAAAAGUGAAGACCUGCUUGUAGGUAUCGCUGCUACUGGUUCCCAUGCUUUUUGGAUCCCCUAA